AUGGCCAAGGCCACCUCUAAUUUCACAACCUUCUUCCCCUUGAUCUCAUCGCCAUUAACUCUUGUUCAAGGCCUCCUGGAAUCCACAAAAGAGCUCGCCUCCAUGGACAAGCUCCAUCACUUGCAGGUUCGGAACAGUUCGGCCAUGAUCAGAAAGGCCAAGCUCCUUCAACCCCUGUUUGAAGAUCUCAAGGAAACCCCAGCCCCACUGCCCCCUUCUUCAUUUCUAUGUUUCAGAGAGCUAAUCGACGCAAUUCGAAAGGCGAAAAAACUCAUUAAUGAAUGUAAAUCAGGCAGCAGAGUAUGGAAUUUGAUCCAGAUAGAGCCGAUAUCUUCUCGCUUCCAUGGCCUAACCAGAGACCUGGGCCGAGCCCUUGACAUAUUACCAUUGAGCCUAUUGCCCAUCUCUUCUGAUACUCGAGAGCAGGUCGAGCUUCUUCAUCGCCAUGCUAGACGAGCAGAGCUGUUCAUCGACCCACAGAGCAGCUACCUAAGAUUAGAGCUCUUGAAAGUUGCCAACAAUUUUCACAGCAAGCUCAACCCCGAUAUUCAAAAAGUCGCAGAAAUAAUGGAGAAAAUUGGAGCAAGUGGGCCUAGUGAUUAUGAAUCUGAGAUCCAAAGGCUUGAGGUCGAGAUCAAGAACCAAGCUGGUACAGGAGGGCUCGUUGUAAUCUCAAAACUCAACAAUCUCAUUUCUCUGAUUAACCACUGUAAAUUCGCGAUAUUCAGUACAAUGACUGAAAUUCACUUGAAUUCCGGCAAGAAAGGAGAGACUCUCCAGCGAAUUGAGUCAUUUUCUGGUAGUUCUCUGGUGAUCCCCGACGAAUUCAAAUGCCCCAUCUCUCUCGAUUUAAUGCGAGACCCUGUGAUUGUCGCUUCAGGCCACACGUAUGAUCGCCCGGCAAUCGCAGAGUGGAUAAAUUUUGGGCACCCGACAUGCCCAAAGAGUGGGCAGAAGCUCCUGCACAUGGCAUUGAUCCCCAACUUCGCCUUAAGAAGUCUGAUCCAUCAAUGGUGCAGUGAUAACAAUGUUUUUAUCGAUCAAAGAGAAGAGGAGAAGGACCUUCCGGCAUCGGGGGAUCAUAUAACGGCGACGAAGCGAGCCGCAGAGGCAGCGGAGAUGGCGGCUGCAUUCUUGGUCGGAAAAUUGGCAACAGGGUCAACGGAUACCCAGAGGCAGGCGGCGCUCGAGCUCCGGCUGCUUGCCAAGGCCGGCAUGCACAACCGCCACGCCAUUGCCGAGGCCGGCGCCAUCCCCUUCCUAACCUCCCUCCUCAGCUCGCACGACAGUCGCACUCAGGAGCAUGCAGUAACUGCACUCUUGAAUUUGUCCAUAAACAGUGUGAACCGGGACCUCAUCGUUGAUGCCGGCGGUGUGGGCCCCACCGUCGAGGUCUUGAUGCAUGGACUGUGCACUGAGGCCCGGGAGAAUGCUGCUGCUGCCCUCUUCAGCCUCUCCGCAUCGCCUGCAGGCCGUGCUGCAGUUGGGGCACAUCCCAAAGCAGUCUCAGGUCUGGUGGCAUUGCUGCAGGAUGGCACGCCGGGCGGCAAGCGGGAUGCUGCAACAGCCCUCCAUAACCUUGCUGCCUGCGGCACGACACGGGCUCGCAUUGUGAAUGCUGGGGCUGUCGGCGUACUGACUUCGCUGCUCGUGGAUGAGAGGGCAGGGGUAACAGAUGAGGUGCUCGGUCUGUUAUCGGUUUUGGUUUGGAGCGGAGAAGGUGCAAAAGAAGUGACAGAGGGGGGUAUAGAGGCGGUGGUGGAGUUGGUGAGGGUGGGUUCGGAGAAGGGGAGGGAGUAUGCAGUGGGAGUAUUGGCGGGGUUGUGUAGGGUUGAGGAUGGUGUUGGGGAAAGGGUGGGGAGGAGGUUGAUGGAAGAUGCAAGGAGCGUGCUGGCGUUGCAGAGGGUAGUGGUGGGGGGGACACCGCGGGCGAGGAGGAAGGCUGAGGCCGUAAUGCGGUUCUUGGGACGGUAUUGCUCGCAGUCGCAUGGGAGGUGA